CGUAUCCGUAUCCCUUGCUGCUCAAUUUAUGAAGAUGGUCGAUAGCAAUAUACGAUCCCGACAUGAAUACAGAAGACCCCAAGAACGCACAGAUCCAUCUUCAGUCUGUGAAUGCCGUUCAUAGAUCGAUCGAAGAAAAUUGCCACGAAGUGAAAGUGAUGAUUGUGGUAGAGCAGUGCAAGGGCGGAUUACAAGAGCUCACCAGCAGCCUCGGCAAUGCAUUGAGUUGUGGCAGCUGGAAUUCGCCCAUGGAUUGAUACCUAGGCGUAAUUUGUGAUCGAUCGACACAAUUAGCCGAAGGGUAGAGCUCGUUUCGCUCUUCUUACAUUUCCCAGAAGGGCCCUAGCCACAGGAUGGAUUUUGGAGUAUCCAAAUAAACUGAGGAUCAAUCUCCACAUGUUUUCAAUUUACGCAAUUGGAAGCCAGUACCUUCAAAACUUAGACAGACAAGCCCAAACAUUUCGAAGCAUAGCACAUGGAGACCGUCGACUUCCGAUGUACUCAUGUCCAAGCGAUCGGGCUCGUAUGUCAUCGAAGUUUUCGAAUUUACUGGUGGAACUAAUCGAGUGAAAUCUGAGCAGCCUCAGGAGAGGCGACUCAGUCAGUCGUGGGAGAUGACCAGAAUUGAAGAGCAUCAAGAAUCCGGACCAGGAAGAUCAGCUUCAGUGGGCUCGACGCGAGCGAGCUCACCGGGAGAGCAGGGCACCAUAGAUACUCCGAGCACUUACGAUUCAGAUGGACAGGUGGAGGAAGAUCGACCUCCGCCGCCAGCCUACAUCACAUUACCAGUGUCACCUUUGAAGAGGCGCCUCGUGAUUCUGGACAUGAAUGGUCUUCUGUGCCACAUCAACCACAACAAGUGGUUCCGAACCAACAAUGUGGUGCCGCACGGGAAGCUGGGAGCUCACAAGUCGUGGGUCGCGAGGCCGCACUUGUGCGAGUUUCUCAGGGAGGUGACGCAGGUCGUGGACCUGGCCAUUUGGACGAGCAGGACAGAGUCCAAUCUGGCCCGACUUCUGCAGCAGAUGUCGGCCUACUUACCUGAAAACUUCAGCGAGACGAUAUGGCAGCUUUUGGAUCAAUCAUACUGCUAUCCCCUGCCUCAAGCCGACGCCAAUUAUCCUCUGUGGCUCAAGCCUCUGAACAUCAUCGAGGAGAUGAGUGACCACAAGGUGGCCAACUGCUUGCUCGUCGAUGACUCGCCGCUCAAAAACGCAAUGAACCAUCCCCAUAACGCCAUCCAUCCGCCCACUUUCUCUCCCUUGAAACAAGACGACGAUUACCUCUCGACUUAUCUCUUGCCGUUCUUGAAAAAAUUCGCCCGAUCCCCUCAACCUGUGACACAUUUCGUGCGAUCCAACUGGCCAGAAUCCUCCGACGUUUUCCGACUUCUUGCAAACUAUUGGGGCAAAAACCUUCCCAGUAUACUCUUCUCUCAAGUCAGGGAUCAGGCUGAAGUAGAAAAGCUGCGACAGCAAGUUCUUGCUGAAGGAGACAUGGCUGCAGCAGCAGCAGCCGAGCUUUAGUCCCAUAUUUUCACGAUAAAUUGGGCUGGAUUGUGGUGCAUGACAGAAUUAGCAGAUCAGUUCCUCUUUGCUGAGGAAAUGUAAGGAGAAGAGUGCUCAAUGAGCUCCACUUGUGAGUUGAAACUCACUCGAAAUCCUAGCCAACAUGUAUAUAGGAACUUCUGGAUGUGAGGAAUAAAUGCCUACAUCAGAGUUCAUUUCCAGACGUGCUCUUGGAUGCUAUGAACAAUUUUCACGAAAACUCUGUAGCCGUCUGUU